CCUCGGACCCUGGACACCAUGGAGAAUCACAUGUUCAGUGUCCAGCAAAUCCAACCCAACGUGAUUUCUGUCCGCCUCUUCAAGCGCAGAGUGGGGGGCUUGGGGUUCCUGGUGAAGGAGCGGGUGAGCAAGCCCCCCGUGAUCGUCUCCGACCUGAUUCGAGGGGGUGCCGCCGAGCAGAGCGGCCUCAUCCAGGCCGGAGACAUCAUCCUCGCGGUCAACGGCCAGCCGUUGGUGGACAUGAGCUACGCCAGCGCCCUGGAGGUGCUCAGGGGCAUUGCUUCCGAGACCCACGUGGUCCUCAUUCUGAGGGGCCCGGAGGGCUUCACCACGCACCUGGAGACCACCUUUACUGGGGACGGGACCCCCAAGACCAUCCGGGUGACACGGCCCCUGGGCCCCCCCACCACGGCUGUCGAUCUGUCACACCAGUCGUCAGCCUGCAAAGAGCAGCCGCUGGCGGUGGACGGGGCCACAGGCCCCAGCAACGGGCCCCAGCACGCCCAGGACAACGGGCCAGAAGCCGGCUCGCUGUCCCACACCAACGGCCUGGACCCUGCCAAGAAGAAUGCCGGGGCCGCCCGUCAGUGCAGUGAGGAGCACAAUGAGUUGCUCAAAGAGAUCAAGCCUGUGCUGAACCUUCUCACCUCGGCCGACAGAGGGAUCAACGGAGGGGGACCUACCAAGGCGGAGACAAAAGAUGCAGAAGUUCAGGUGGACAGAGACCUGGAUGCCAAGUCACACAAACCUCUGCCCCUCGGCGUGGAGAAUGACCGUGUCUUCAAUGACCUGUGGGGGAAGGGCAACGUGCCUGUGGUCCUCAACAACCCGUAUUCAGAGAAGGAGCAGGCCCCUGCCUCGGGAAGACAGUCCCCCCCAAAGAACGGCAGCCCCUCCAAGUGCCCCCGCUUCCUCAAGGUCAAGAACUGGGAGACUGACGUGGUUCUCACGGACACCCUCCACCUUAAGAGCACGUUGGAAACGGGAUGCAGCGAGCGCAUCUGUAUGGGCUCCGUCAUGCAGCCUUCUCAGCAGAUACGGAGGCCUGAGGACGUCCGCACUAAAGAGCAGCUCUUCCCUCUCGCCAAAGAGUUCAUUGAUCAGUACUACUCGUCCAUUAAAAGAUUUGGCUCCAAAGCCCACAUGGAGAGGCUGGAAGAGGUGAACAAGGAGAUAGAAACCACCAGCACCUACCAGCUCAAAGACACAGAGCUCAUCUAUGGGGCCAAGCACGCCUGGAGGAAUGCCUCCCGCUGCGUCGGCAGGAUCCAGUGGUCCAAGCUGCAGGUGUUUGAUGCCCGCGACUGCACCACGGCUCAUGGGAUGUUCAACUACAUUUGCAACCACAUCAAGUAUGCCACCAACAAAGGGAACCUCAGGUCCGCCAUCACCAUAUUUCCCCAGAGGAUCGACAGCAAGCACGAUUUCCGAGUCUGGAACUCCCAGCUUAUCCGCUAUGCUGGCUACAAGCAGCCUGAUGGCUCCAUCCUGGGGGACCCAGCCAAUGUGGAGUUCACAGAGAUCUGCAUCCUGCAGGGCUGGAAGCCCCCGAGAGGCCGCUUCGACGUCCUGCCACUCCUGCUCCAGGCCAAUGGCAAUGACCCCGAGCUCUUCCAGAUCCCCCCAGAGCUGGUGCUGGAAGUGCCCAUCAGGCACCCCAAGUUUGAGUGGUUCAAGGACCUGGGGCUGAAGUGGUACGGCCUCCCCGCUGUGUCCAACAUGCUGCUGGAGAUUGGCGGCCUGGAGUUCAGCGCCUGUCCCUUCAGCGGCUGGUACAUGGGCACGGAGAUUGGCGUCCGCGACUACUGUGACAACUCUCGGUACAACAUCCUGGAGGAAGUGGCCAAGAAGAUGAACUUGGACACGAGGAAGACGUCCUCCCUGUGGAAGGACCAGGCGCUGGUGGAGAUCAACAUUGCCGUUCUCUACAGCUUCCAGAGUGACAAAGUGACCAUCGUCGACCACCACUCGGCCACCGAGUCCUUCAUUAAGCACAUGGAGAACGAAUACCGCUGCCGGGGGGGCUGUCCGGCAGACUGGGUGUGGAUCGUGCCCCCCAUGUCUGGCAGCAUCACCCCUGUCUUCCACCAGGAGAUGCUCAACUACCGGCUCACCCCCUCCUUCGAAUACCAGCCGGACCCUUGGAACACCCACCUCUGGAAAGGCACCAACGGGACCCCCACCAAGCGGCGAGCCAUCGGCUUCAAGAAGCUGGCAGAAGCCGUCAAGUUCUCAGCCAAGCUGAUGGGGCAGGCAAUGGCCAAGAGGGUCAAGGCGACCAUCCUGUAUGGCACAGAGACGGGUAAAUCGCAGGCCUAUGCCAAAACCCUGUGUGAGAUCUUCAAGCACGCCUUCGAUGCCAAGGUGGUUGCCAUGGAAGACUAUGACAUUGUGCACCUGGAACAUGAAACGCUGGUCCUGGUGGUCACCAGCACCUUUGGCAAUGGAGACCCCCCUGAAAAUGGGGAGAAAUUCGGCUGUGCUUUGAUGGAAAUGAGGCACCCCAACUCUGUGCAGGAGGAAAGGAAGAGCUACAAGGUCAGGUUCAAUAGUGUUUCCUCCUAUUCCGACUUCCACAAAUCAUCAGGCAAUGGGCCGAACCACAGAGACAACUUUGAGAGCACCGGCCCCCUGGCAAACGUGAGGUUCUCAGUGUUUGGCCUUGGCUCGAGGGCAUACCCGCACUUCUGCGCCUUUGGCCACGCUGUGGACACCCUCCUGGAAGAGCUGGGAGGAGAGAGGAUCCUGAAGAUGAAGGAAGGGGAUGAGCUCUGUGGUCAGGAGGAGGCGUUCAGGACCUGGGCCAAGAAGGUCUUCAAGACAGCCUGUGACGUGUUCUGCGUGGGAGAUGAUGUCAACAUUGAGAAGGCGAACAACUCCCUCAUCAGCAAUGACCGCAGCUGGAAGAGGAACAAGUUCCGCCUCACCUAUGUGGCCGAAGCUCCAGAGCUUACACAAGGUCUAUCCAACGUGCACAAGAAGCGGGUCUCAGCUGCUCGUCUUCUCAGCCGUCAAAACCUUCAGAGCCCUAAAUCCAGCCGGUCAACCAUCUUCGUGCGUCUCCACACAAAUGGGCAUCAGGAGCUGCAGUACCAACCUGGGGACCACUUGGGCGUCUUCCCUGGCAACCAGGAGGACCUGGUGAAUGCCCUGAUCGAGCGGCUGGAGGAUGCGCCCCCUAUCAACCAGCUGGUGAAAGUGGAGCUGCUGGAAGAGCGGAGCACGGCUCUGGGAGUCAUCCGCAACUGGACGGAUGAGCGCCGCCUCCCGCCCUGCACCAUCUUCCAGGCCUUCAAGUACUACCUGGACAUCACCACGCCGCCCACGCCCCUGCAGCUGCAGCAGUUCGCCUCCCUGGCCACCAGCGAGAAAGAGAAGCAGCAGCUGCUGGUCCUCAGCAAGGGCUUGCAGGAGUACGAGGAAUGGAAAUGGAGCAAGAACCCCACCAUCGUGGAGGUGCUGGAGGAGUUCCAGUCCGUCCAGAUGCCUGCCACCCUGCUCCUGACCCAGCUGUCCCUUCUGCAGCCUCGUUACUACUCCAUCAGCUCCUCCCCGGACAUGUACCCCGAGGAGGUGCACCUCACCGUGGCCAUCGUCUCUUACCGCACUGGAGAUGGAGAAGGACCAGUUCACCACGGCGUGUGCUCCUCCUGGCUCAACCAGAUACAGUCCGACGAAGUGGUCCCCUGUUUCGUGAGAGGAGCGCCCGGCUUCCACCUGCCCCGAAACCCCCAAGUGCCCUGCAUCCUGAUUGGCCCGGGCACCGGCAUCGCCCCUUUCCGAAGCUUCUGGCAGCAGCGGCAGUUUGAUAUCCAGCACAAAGGAAUGAGUCCCUGCCCCAUGAUCCUGGUCUUCGGGUGCCGGCAGUCCAAGGUGGACCACAUCUACAGGGAGGAGACCCUGCAGGCCCGGAGCGCGGGGGUCUUCAGAGAACUGUACACGGCCUACUCCCGGGAGCCCGACAGACCAAAGAAGUACGUGCAGGACAUCCUGCAGGAGAAGCUGGCGGAACCGCUGUACCAGGCCCUGAAGGAGCAGGGGGGCCACAUCUAUGUGUGCGGGGACGUCACCAUGGCCGCCGACGUCCUCAAGGCCAUCCAGCGCAUCAUGGCGCAGCAGGGGAAGCUCUCGGUGGAGGACGCGGGCGUGUUCAUCAGCCGGCUGAGGGAUGACAACCGCUACCAUGAGGAUAUCUUCGGGGUCACCCUGCGAACGUAUGAAGUGACCAACCGCCUUAGGUCUGAAUCCUCGAUCGCCUUCAUUGAGGAGAGCAAAAAGGACACGGACGAGUAA